AUGCUCCGGUCUGACAAGGUUAUCUCUAGGACGGGUGUGGUAGGCAUUGUGCUCUGCUUUGCCCUCGGCAUUGCCAACAUCUUCACACUACAUGCUCUGCGCAUCGUGUUUAGUGUUCUCUGCCUCUGCUCCGCGUUUGUCCUGAUCUUCGUUGAAAUCCCCUUCCUCCUCCGCAUCUGUCCCACGUCCGGCAAGUUCGAUGAGUUCAUUCGCCGCUUCACCACCAACUGGAUGCGCGCCGCCAUGUACACCAUCCUGAGCGCUAUCCAAUGGGCCAGUCUUUGCAGCGGCGCCUCGAGUCUGAUUGCUGUUGCGGUGGUGCUCAUCAUUGCGGCGGCCUUCUAUGCGCUGGCCGGCCUUAAGAGCCAGGAGUUUGUCGGUAGCAAGACUCUGGGAGGCCAAGGCAUUGCGCAGAUGAUCGUCUGA